AUGACCAGUCUCCACCGCUUUUCAUCAGCUCCUUCAACCGCAACGGCCAAGAGCACCGGUGUUCGGGCGGGCAAUUGCAAGAGCACUGCUGCCCCUUCAGCGAAUUUACUGCCAUCUACCGCGGCGGAUUCCACCGUGGCUCCUACCGCUGCAUUGGGCACUUCUGCUCCAGCCACAGCUCCAUCGGGUGGUGGAGCGGAUUACGGUCUUAUAUCUCCCGGCAGCCUCUUCGCACCGUGGGUGGAACUUGGUGCAACACCCACAGGCUCGCUCAACCCAUUCUUCGAGCCACCGCAGAGUCCCGUUUCUCAUCCUCAUCAUCCUCCUCCUUCCCACCCCUCAUACCGCCCCUCUCAUCCCACCCACGGUAUCUGCGAUCCCCCCUCGGCAAGUAGUCGUUCACCCGCGGCUUCCGGCGCAAAGUGCCCCCCUCCUCCGAGAAGCCUUCCACCAUCUCACAAGAUUCUGCCAUCGUCAUCCCCGAACUCCGCGGGUAAAGUCAAGUCAAAUAAACGACCAGCCAGCAGUAUCGUUUCUCAAUCCUCGUCCUUGCGCCCGCCUCCGGCUAUUCGGUUAUCAGAGAGGGAGACCCCGAGCAAGAGUGGUGGAGGUGGCGGCACAGGACCAGUGAAGAGGGAAAUCCCCGUAGAAGGCGACACCGCAGACGACACGAUGAGCGUGCACAGUCAGGGAAACAACCACGACGAUAAACCAGCCUCGAGGAUUGCCGCGAGCGCGCUCUUUCCUGAAAUCCCCAGGAUCCUGCCACACGAGAAGGUAUGAGAACCCUGAUAUCACCACCACAUUCUACCCUGCCCUGUCCCGCGCUACCGGCGCGAUGAGUAGGAAAAAAAUUCGUCACGUGCUUUGAGGCUGAUAGCGAUCCAUAACGAAACAGGUAUUUCCAAUCCAAAUUGGUGGCGAAUUGUUUCGAUUGAGGUUUGUUGCCUUCUUUCCGGAGUGCUUUGCGCUGGUUCAUUGAGGCUGAUUAUGGUUUUAGCGGCGCAUCGAUAUCCUCAGAUGGUCAGUAUACGAAUGAAACUCCCUUCAAUAUUGUGCGCAGUUAGGAUAGAAGACUGAGAGUGCUAGAGCUCCCUCAUACUUUUCGCAAUUCUUCGAGCAGCAGUUGGAGAACCUGGAAGAGGGCCAGAGCGUGAGAACACUCUACAUCGAUCGGGAUCCGGUCACGUUUAGGGAUAUUGCUAGGCAUUUACAAGGUACCUGUAGUGGAACUGCAAUUGGGGGAAUGGAGAUAUUAACGUUGUGCAGGCUAUCAUGUUUCUCCCAGAGACGGGCAACAUUUUGUACAGCUGUUCGCUGAUGCGCAAUUCUAUAGCCGUAGGUUGUCUUCAGAGUUUGCGGAGGAUGAAAGCUGAUUGGAGUAGUUCCAAAGUUGAUCUCGCAACUCUUCGAGUCGGAGAUCUUCAUCUCGAUCGGAUCAAGGCCUUUCCAGAUCAAUCGUGAACUAUUUCAGUCCCCCGGAAAUAGCCCGAAUUAUUUUUCACUCGGGUUUGCGGUCUUCUUUUCAUCGCCGAAUGAAGUCUUCCCCGGGUUGAGUCGAGAGGGGCUCCUGCGACCGCCCUCGAUAUUACCGCCUGAGGUCCCGACCCGUUCGGGCGAGGUCUUUGCCGAGCUUCUCCACUUGCUACGCGGUUAUCCGGUUCACAUACGGAAUGAAGAGCACCGACAAGAGCUCCUGCGCGAUUGCAAAUAUUUCCACCUAAAGGGGUUGGAACAAAAGUUAAUUCCGCAUGAGAUAUCGUGGAAUCAGAAGCGACAAAAACAGGAGAUGGUCAUCAGAUUGGAGGAUAUCAAGCCGUCUGGAAUUUCCUUCGUCCCCGACCCGGUAACCCCUGAUCAGUUGCCGCCGCGCGGUACUUCAGGCUGGAUCAACUACUCCCGGCCAUUCGUCGAUGAUACACAGAGAGAGCUCAUCCUAGAAAUAGGAGGUGAGCAGACAAGGGUGGACUGGAAACUCGGGAGAGCGGAGUUUUCCGGAACUACGAACCAGCGCGUCACAGCACUCUUACAGGUGAUUGCCAAUAAACUGGGAUUGCCGGUAGGACAUGAAAGAGCACUCGGUCUGGUCCUGAUGAAGAAUAGUAUGAAUGGAAGCGCCAGCGGGUCAACCCCUGGUCCAGCAAGCCCGGGAAACACUCCACUCAGCGAGGAUAGAGUGAAGAUCAAAAUCGGCUCUGAUUGCUUCGUGCAGCUGGAUGGAGAGGAGUGGCAAGGAUGGGAUCGAGAAGGUGUCAAUUCGGCAGAUGGACACGACCUGGAAGGUGCGGCUGUUGAUGACGCCUAUGGUAUGGGUAGCCGGCCCGGCCCCGGAAGCGAUGCGGGAAGGAGCGCUGCGGGCGGAAGUCCAAAUCUGCCAUGGCAGCAACACUCCGGGGUGAGUAGCCGGCCCCCAUCAACAAAACCCCAAGGUGCAUUCCUGGGCGCGCAUCCCCGGAAGCGCCAGAAGCGCGUGGCGGGGAUCGAGGACUCCUCCGAGUGGCUUGUGAAGCGGGGGCAGUGGCGACUGAGGGUGCAAAUGACGCCUGGAGUAGACGGUCGAGAUAGGCCAGAGGUCAUCCUGGUAGGUGUCAAGCUGGAUUCUUUUAGCGGGGAAUACGGAAGGAAUGGGCAGAGGAAAUUCUUGGUCUGA